AUGACAUGCAGGGUACGUGUUGUGUAUUUUCAGGAAUGUCCCGAGGGCGUGGUGCACGAAGACCUGUUCAAGGAUAUCUACGCGAAAUUCUUCCCUCACGGCAAUUCUAGCCUUUACGCCCAUUACGUGUUCAAGGCCUUUGACGUCAACUGCAAUGGCGCCAUGAAUUUCAGGGUAAUAUCUAUGGUUUUUUUACUUGCACGAUCUGCUGGUGAUUUUAUCGACUCUGCUGCGAGGCAGCAUCUACGAGAAACUACGAUGGAUUUUCAAACUGUACGAUAUAAACGGCGAUGGAUGUAUCACGAGGGGCGAGCUGUGGGAAGUGGUGAUUGCGGUGCACGAGCUUAUGGGUCGGCGGCAUCACGCCGAGGAGGAGAGGAAAGCGAGGGAACAGUUGGACAGAGUGUUCAAGAAAUUCGACCUAAACCAGGAUGGCAUAAUAACGAUCGAGGAAUUUAUGGAGAGCUGUCUCAGGGAAGAGCCUCCGGUGAUGACCACGACGACGACGACGACGACGACGACGACGACGACGACGACGACGACAACGACGACGCCACCAACGCCACUCUCCACCACGACCACCUUCUCGCAGUCUCAGUCGCCUUCGCCACCGCCGCCGUCAUACUCUCUGCUGCCACCUAUUCCACCGCCUCUGCCUUCUCAGCCACCUCCCGGUUACACCGUUCAAGAUCAGGAGCUGUACAUGCUUCUAGCGGCGCACUGGUGGAACCAACCGGAGGCUCCGCUCUUUUGCUAAAGGUACGUUGCUAAGGCUGCUCCUUUCCUUAUCUUUAUCCUCUCUCUUGUCCACCUAGCGAAUGUCCACGUUGUGGAUAGAAACAACAUUGUGAAUGUAAAUUCUCUACUCGAUCAAAUUUCCUGCUCAGUGCCUCUCAAGUGCCUCUGCUCUUGUCACAAAGUAACAAAGUGUGACAGUAUACGAUAAAACAGAUGAUUAAAAUUGCGAAUAUGAGGAAAGAAAGGAAAAGAAUGCAACGUGUAACAACGUAAUGAUGAAAUGUAUUUCACUUGUUUCCAGGUAACUAAGGUAAACCGUGAUCUGCAACUUUCGCAGGCGAGGCGACCUUUUGCGUUUUCAACCUUUACGAAGAAAGAA